UCCAUCUUAGACAAGAUGCCUUCCCCCAGCCCCCUCGUUCUCCUGGCUCUCUCUGCUUCCUGCCUGGCCACCCCGGCCCACCCCGAUGGACUGCUCCCAGGCCAGGGUCCCUUGGCUCCGCCCUAUGCUGUGGUUCUCAUCUCCUGCUCUGGACUCUUGGCCUUUGUCUUCCUCCUCCUCACCUGUCUCUGCUGCAAACGGGGGGAUGUUGGCUUCAAGGAGUUUGAGAACCCGGAGGGAGAAGAGUGCUCGGGAGAGUACACCCCCCCCGCGGAGGAGACUUCUUCCUCUCAGUCACUGCCCGAUGUCUACAUCCUUCCGCUGGCCGAGGUCUCCUUGCCGAUGCCCGCUCCCCAGCCUGCCCGGUCAGACCUGGGCACCCCUCUGGGCCUGAGCCGUCAGCACCUCAGCUACCUGCAGGAGAUCGGCAGCGGCUGGUUUGGGAAAGUCAUUCUAGGGGAGAUCUUCGCAGAUUUCAGUCCAGCCCAGGUGGUGGUGAAGGAGCUGAGGGUCAGUGCUGGACCACUGGAGCAGCGGAAGUUUCUCUCAGAGGCUCAGCCUUACAGGAGCCUGCAUCACCCCAACGUCCUCCAGUGCCUGGGGCUGUGUGCCGAGACCCUCCCCUUCCUUCUCAUUAUGGAGUUCUGCCAGCUGGGAGAUCUGAAGCGCUACCUGAGGGCCCAGAGGCCCCCAGAGGGCCUCUCCCCCGAGCUACCUCCCAGAGACCUGCGCACCCUGCAGAGAAUGGGCUUGGAGAUCGCCCGAGGGCUGGCUCACCUGCAUGCCCACAACUACGUGCACAGUGACCUGGCCUUGAGGAACUGCCUCGUGACCUCCGACCUCACGGUGCGAAUUGGGGACUAUGGUCUCUCUCACAGCAAUUACAAGGAAGACUAUUACCUGACCCCUGAACGCUUGUGGAUCCCGUUGAGGUGGGCCGCCCCCGAGCUUCUGGGGGAGAUCCACGGGACCUUCAUGGUGGUGGACCAGACCAAGGAAAGCAACGUCUGGUCAUUGGGGGUGACGCUGUGGGAGCUGUUUGAGUUUGGGGCACAGCCCUACCGCCACCUGUCUGAUGAGGAGGUGCUGGCUUUCGUGAUCCGGCAGCAGCACGUCAAGCUGGCUCAGCCCCGGCUAAAACUGCCCUAUGGAGACUACUGGUAUGAUGUCCUCCAGUCUUGCUGGCGUCCCCCUGCCCAGCGACCCUCAGCCUCUGACUUGCAGCUGCAGCUAACCUACCUUCUCUCUGAACGGCCCCCUAGACCUCCGCCGCCCCCGCCGCCCCCCCCACCCCGGGACGCGCCCUUCCCCUGGCCCUGGCCGGCCCCCCCUGCCCCGCCGAGGCCCACAGCCCUCUCCUCACCCUUCCCCCUCCUCGAUGGCUUCCCGGGGUCUGAUCCUGACGACGUCCUCACCGUCACUGAGAGCAGCCGCGGCCUCAACCUCGAGUGCCUGUGGGAAAAGGCAAGGCGGGGGGCCGGCCGUGGCGGGGGUGGCGGGGCGGCUGCCUGGCAGCCAGCCUCUGCCCCCCCUGCUCCCCAGGCUGUCCCCUCGAACCCUUUCUAUGAGGCCCUGGCCACCCCCAGUGUCCUGCCGGUUAUCAGUGCCCGGAGCCCCUCCGUAGGCAGCGAGUACUAUAUCCGCCUGGAGGAUCACGGCUCCCCCCCAGAGCCCCUCUUCCCCAAUGACUGGGACCCCUUGGAUCCGGGCGUCCCGGCCCCCCAGACCAACCCAGCCCCUGCUGAGGUCCCCCAGCUCGUGUCGGAGACCUGGGCCUCCCCUCUUUUCCCCCCUCCACGGUCAUUCCCCCCGAAGGCAUCAGGUAGCUUCCUGCUCAGUGGUUGGGACCCCGAGGGCCGGGGAGCAGGAGAGACCCUAGCUGGGGACCCUGCAGAAGUGCUGGGGGAGCGAGGCACAGCCCCCUGGGGGGAGGAGGAGGAGGAGGAGGAAGGGGAAGAGAGCUCCCUGGGGGAGGGGAGCAGCAGCGGGGGGCGCCGAAGCCGCCGGGGCCCUCUCCCCUGCCCUCUCUGCAGCCAUGAGGGGCCUUGCUCCUGCCUCCCACUCCAGCGGGGGGAGAUGGUGUCUGGCUGGGGGGGCCAUCCGGCCCUGGGCUGCCCCAACCCCCCCGAGGAUGACUCCUCGCUGAGGGCUGAGCGGGGGUCAUUAACUGACCUCCCCCGCCCCCCCCCCUCCGCGCCCCCCCCCGCGUUCCUGGCCCCCCUAGGGGGGGCGGCGGCCCCCCCGCCCCCCGGGGGGGGGCCCCCCCCGCCCCCCCCCCCCCUGCCGCCGCCACCUCCCGCCCUGCCCCCUCCUCCUGCUCGGGCUCUCCCAGACCCAGCAGAAUCACCCGAUGCCCCCUCGGGACUUGGCAGCCCAGGAUCCGGCCUCUCGUCUCCGGGCCCCAAGCCGGGGGACAGCGGCUACGAGACGGAGACCCCCUUCUCCCCCGAGGGGGCGUUCCCAGGUGGGGGGGCGGCCGAGGAGGAGGGGGUCCCUCGGCCCCGGGCUCCCCCCGAGCCACCCGACCCGGGAGCCCCCAGGCCACCCCCCGACCCGGGCCCUCUCCCAGGCUUCCUGGUGCAGGUGAGCACAGAGCAGCUCCUGCUGUCCUUGAGGGAAGACGUGACCCGCAACGUGCUGGGGGAGAGGGCAGCCCCAGCAAAGGCAGGGAGGGUCCUUCAGGGCCCCCAGACUGUAGGCCAGGCAGUCCCAGGAAACACGGAGAAAGUCCUGGGCCAUGCAGGAAAGGCAGCCCCAGGCAGCAGGGAGACGACGCCAGAGAACGGGGAGCAGAGGCCCCCCGGGAGCGAAGACACAGUGCCGGAGAGUGGGCGCCAGAGGCCCCCCGGGAGCUGGGAGACACUGCUGGAGAACGGGGGCCGGACACCCCCAGGAAGCAGAGAGACAGUGGUGGAGAAUGGGGUGCAGGGACCCCCCAGGAGCGGGGAGAAACCGCAGGAGAAUGGGGUGCAGAGGCCCCCAGGGAACAGGGAGAAAGUGCUGGAGAAUGGGGGACAGAGACCCCCAGGGAAUGGGAAGAAAAUCCCCGAGUGUGGGGAGCCAGCCCCAGGGAUCCAGGAGGAGAGAGCCCUAGGGAAUGGGGAGAGGUUCCUGGAGAAUGGGGAUCAGCAAGUCCCAGGGAGCCCGGCCAGGGCCCCGGGGAACGGCGAGCCAGUCCCCAGGAGUGGAGGGCAGGCUCGAGGGAGCGGGAAGAGAGCCCCACCCGGGCCUGGGAGACUGGGCCCCGAGAAUGGGCUCCAAGCUCUGGGGGGCCAAGGGAAGGCCCCAGACGCAGGACCCGCAGGCGGCGGGGGCGGAGGAGCCGCGCCCCCCGGCGAGACGAGGCCGGAGCUGCGGAGGCCGGAGCCAGCUCUUCCCCUGCCCCGGGAGCCAGCGGCACCCGCGGGAGACGCCGGGGACCCAGGCGCCCCGGCCGACGGCGCCGUGGAAACCGGCGGCGACGGGGACCCCCCCACUCUGGGGAGGAAGGGCCCCGAGAUGCCUCGGCUCUUCCUGGAUUUGGGCCCGCCGCCGGGGAGCAGCGCACAGAUCAAAGCCAAGCUGUCUCGCCUGUCGCUGGCCCUGCCUCCGCUCUCUCUUACCCCGUUCCCGGGGCCGGGCCCUCGACGGCCUCCCUGGGAGGCUGGGGACGCCGGGGUCCCUGGCGCGGAGUCCGGCGGCCCGGGGGCCUUGGGGCUGGUGGAGGACGGGGAGGACGAGGAGGAGGAGGAGGACGACGGGGCGGCCGCGGGGGAGGGCGAGGAGGCGGCGGCCCGGGGCCCUGGGAGGGGCCGGGCAGCCCCGGUGCCCAUCGUGGUGAGCAGUGCCGACGGGGACCGGAGCCGGCCACUCCGGGGGCUCCUCAAAUCGCCCCGAGGGGCCGACGAGGCCGAGGAGAGCUUGGAGCUGGACCGGAAGCGCAAGAUGGUCUCCUUUCAUGGGGACGUGACCGUCUACCUCUUCGACCAGGAGACCCCGACCAACGAGCUGAGCGUCCAGGCUCCCCCCGAGGGGGACCCGGACCCUUCGACACCCCCAGCCCCGCCGACACCUCCCCAUCCCCCCAGCCCUGGAGAUGGCUUCCCCGACAGCGGCUUCGGAGGCAGUUUCGAGUGGGGGGAGGAUUUCCCCCUGCUCCCCCCACCAGGCCCCCCACUCUGCUUCUCCCGCUUCUCCGUCUCACCUGCACUGGAGACCCCAGGGCCGCCGGCCAGGCCCCCCGACGCCGUCUGCCCCGCAGGCCCCGUGGAGAACUGAUGCCUCGAGGCCCUCACCUAGCGGGCCCCCACCCACCAGGCCCCCCUGAAGAGGGGGUGAGAGGAGACGGAGACAGAGUCACUGAGU